UAAUAAUUAAAAAAAAAGUCUUCAUUGAUAUUUUUUUUUAAUUUAUAGCUGGACUUUUAAGGAUACCGCAUACAUUUUUCCUUAGUAUAACAAUUUCUUCCAGUACCUCUUUUCAAUCUUUUUCUUGGAAACAAUUUGAAUUAAAAUUUCAAAGCACUAUUUAGUAAUUUAUUAAAUAAUUUGAUGAUUGCGUAAAAUUGCCUUGGCAUAUUCACUUCUAAUCUGUAAGAAGGACUUCAGUUCAUCGAAGGAGCUCUAUCAAUAAGAAUCUCUAAAAUAAGCAUUGUCUUAAAAACGAAUAUAAAUAUUUUUCAAAAUGUUGGAAGAAAAUCAUGAAAAAUUGAAGAAAUUCGUGGUGUUUGUCUUCAAAGUAUGGAGAAGUGAAUUUUUGCCAGAUUGUAGAUGGAAAGUCCUUAAUGAUGUCAAAUUGUUUGUACAUCCGACACUCCUUGUAUCAGGACUAUUCUGUAUCCUGUGGCAUAUCUUUGUGCAAAUGGAAGAUUACAGCAAUCUCGUGGAGCUUGCUUUUAGCAUUGCCUUCGUUAUAUCCUUCUAUCAGGCUCUUGCUGUUUAUUUUACCGUCAUUCUGGGUAACAAGGAGGAAAUCUUUGAUAUUCUUGAGUACUUUGAUACUCUGAUAUAUUCCUCGAAGACGGAAAUUAUGAAUGUGAGACGGAAACAUCUCCAGGAGAACACAAAAAUUGCUCUCAAUGCCACAAAAAUUUUUUUGACUUUCAUCGCAAUCGGAGGUUCUGUCUUAACCACUUAUUGUCUGAUAGUCUCAGAAUUCCAUACUCCUAUGCUUUUUGAAAUUCCUGGAAUUCCCCCUAGCAGCAUAUUCUUCUAUCCAGUUAAUCUUAUCUAUCAAUAUGUAGUCUUUAUCUCAUUGCUGGAGAACAUAAUGACUGCUGAUGCCUUGAUUAUGGUUACGAUUAUGUAUUUUCGUGGGGAAUUCUGUGCCCUGGGUGAGUUUAUUAACCAAUUGGGCGAUGAGCCUUCGACAAAGGACCUCAUCAGAAACCUUUACAAAGACCACAGGACUCUCCUUCUAAAAGUUAGGCAACUUAUAUCGUCCUAUUGGCAUUUGUACUUUCACAAACUCCUCGCAAUUACCCUCUAUCUCAUCUGUAUGUACUUCGUCUUUGAGGACUUUAAUUCCUCAAUGGUCGCAGGGACAUUUGUCGUAGUCGCAAUGAUCACUCAAGCCUUCAUCCUCUGCUUCUUCAGUCAAUUGCUAGAAAACAGUUCCGAGAGCAUCUUCCGGGCUCUCUAUCUCACUAAAUGGUACGACAUGGACCUCAAGGAACAGAAAAAUGUCCUCUUGCUCAUGAUAAUCUUCAAGAACUCAAUUAAAGUUGAUACAUUUGGCUUUGGAGAAAUUUCCAUCUAUACCUUUGUUCAGAUUUGCAAAGCUGCCGGAUCUUAUGCCAUGGUUAUGUACACGGUGCUCAAUUAAAAGUCAUUUCAUUAACUGG